AUGCUGCGCCUCCCGGGCCAGGAGGCGGAUGUGCGGCGCACGGACAAGACGAAGAUGAACGCGCCGCGGCAGACGCGCCAGACCCUGCGCAUGGAGGAGCUGCGGGACCAGGAGGCGCGCGCCGCGGCCGCGCCCAAGGCCAAGACGCUGACGACGAACUCGAAGAUGGACGGCGGCGCCCACGCGUCGAGCGGCGCGUCGCGCGAGCUGCUCCAGUCCAUCGCCGCGCGCCUCGACGCGAAGCUCCAGAAGCACGCGAAGGGCUCCUGGGCGAAGCUCUUCUUCGCCGUCGACCACGACGGCUCGGAACGCGUCGAGUUCCACGAGUUCAAGGCGCUCCUGCGCAACAAGACGACGGACACGAUCAUGCCGGGCCUCGAGCUCGGCAAGAAGGUCGUCUCGGACCCGGAGCUGCGCAUGCUCUGGACGUCCGCGGACGCGGAUCGCAGCGGUUUCGUCACGGCGCCCGAGUUCAAGCUCUUCAUCCAGAACGUGCUCGCGAACCACCCGGACGCGCCGCCGCCGAAGCCGGAGCCCGCGAAACCGGAGCCCGAGGCGGCGGUCGAGGAGGCCGACGAGGCGGCGGCGCCCAAGCCGGCGGUGCACGCGCCGCCGUACUUCGUCCCGGAGGCCGAGGAGCCGCCCGCGGCGGAGGAGACGGAGGAGGAGUGGCUGAGCCAGGAGGCGCUCUGGUCCAUCGCGCACCGCCUCGAGAAGAAGCUCCAGCGCUACGCCAAGGGCUCCUGGAUGAAGCUGUUCUUCGUCAUCGACAAGGACGGCUCCGGAAGGAUUUGCGAGCGCGAGUUCGAGGCGCUCGUGCGGAACAAGGCCUACGGCACGGCGCACCCGGGCCUCGAGAUCCCCAAAGAGGAGAUCUCCGACGAGGAGCUCCACCUGCUCUGGAAGUCGGCCGACGAGGACGGCUCGGGGAAGGUCACCGCGGCCGAGUUCAAGGACUUCUUCAACAAGCUGAUGGACCACCACGCGAACGCGGUGCGGCCGGCGACGCCGCCGGAGCGCAGGCGCGCCGCCGUCGUCGAGGUCGCGCCGGACCCGAGGGUCGCCGCCGGGCGGGCGCGGGCGCUGCGCUACGCGCUCGGCCUCGAGCGCGACGCGGACGCGCUCCUGGAAGCCAAAAGCGCGCUCGAAGCCAAGGUCGAGGCGCUCGAGCUACGUUUGGAGGGCGAGCGGGCGGCCUUCGCGGCGAAGCAACUCGCCGACGAGGCGGCAAAACAAGCGGCCAUCGCGGCGAAGGACGGCGAACUCGACGCCGCGGAGGCGACGCGCGCGAGCGAGGUGGGCCGGCUCGAGACGAAGAACGCGGCGCUCGCGGAGGCCGCGGCGGCCGCGGCCGCGGACGCGGCGGAUGCCAAAGCGGACCGCGACCGGCUCCUGGGCAAGUUCGACGCGCUCGAGGCGGAGCUCGACGACGCCCGCGUGCGGUCCGACGCCGGGCUGCGGCGCGCCGCGUCGUGCGUGCGCGCCGUGCAGGACGCCGUCGGCGGCGCCAUGGGCCUCAAGACGGAGCCGGCGCUCCGCGUGCGCUUCGAAUUGGACGCCGCGCGCUGGAGCCUGAGCUCGCCGACGAACCGCUUCGAGCAGCGGAGCCGCGAGCGGCCCGUGACGCCGCGGUUCUCGCGCGACGGCGGCGACGGCGAGCGCGACCGCGCGAUCGUCGAGCUCGACCUCGCGCGCCGCGAGGCGCGCGCGCUCGAGCUCGCGCGCGACGCCGCGUCGGCGACGGCCGCCGCCGCGCUGAACAUCGUGCGCCACUACGGCGAGAAGCCGCGGAAACCCGCGGACCGGCGGGACGACAAGCCCUCGUUCUUCUCCGGCGCGCACGGCGCCGUGCUCCUCAAGCCCGGCUUUGGGCUGCCCAAGCUCGACGCCGCGCGCGCGCCGACGCUCGUCGAGCGCGCCGCGGCCGCGCAGCGCGAGCCGCCGCGGCCCGCGCCGCCGGCCGCGGAGCCGCCGAAGCGGCGGAAGCGGCCGGCCGCGAAGCUCCGGAAGCUCAAGAAGGCCGCCGAGCCCGCCGCCGCGGUCCUCGCGAAGCCCGCGUCGCGUUUCCACGCCUCGAAGAGCGCCUUCCACAACGCGUACUGGCUGCACUCGCUGCCCGAGCCGCUGCUGCGCACGCUCGUGCUCGACUACGACGAAAACUAUGGCCGCGGGCUCCGGUCGGCGGACAAGGCGCUGCGCGCGGCGGUCGUGGCGGCGCAGGACGGCGCACCGGCGCCGCUGCUCGUCGGCGGCCUGCGCGUGGACUGGGACCUCCCCGGCGCGCGCGAGGGCCUCGGCCCGCCCGCCGUCCUCGAUGACCGCGUCGUGGCGUUCCGCGCCGCGACGUCCGAGUUCCACGUCGUCGCGAGGCUCCCGGAGGCGCGCUGCGGCGCCGCCUGCUGCGAGUUGCCCGACGGGCGCAUUUUCGUCGCGGGCGGCGUGACCCAGCUGGGCCGGAACGCGGCCGCGAACCCGGGCGUCUUCGCGUCCUCCCACCGGUCCAUGCUCCACCAGCCGAACAUCGAGGCGGGCACCCGCACGUGGCGCGGCCGCCAGGCGGCGCAGUGCGGCAUGAAGACCGACUCGGCGGGCGUCCUCGACCUCGCCACCGGCGCCUGGACGGAGCUGGCGCCGGUCCCGGAGCGCGUCAGCGGCGCGCGGGCCUUCUCGCGCCACUUUCCAGCGUCCGGCGCCACGAAGGUGUUCGUGGUCGGGGGCUCCGUCGCGGAGAUGCACGAGAUCCGCGACGAGCGCGGCUCGGUCGUUCGAGAGCUGGGCGAGCAGCCCUUCUCGCGGACUGUGCUCAUCUACGACGUCGGCGACGACGCGUGGUCGGAGCUUCGGGGGGGGCUGAAGCGGCCGCGCACGGAGUUCGCGCUCGUGGUCGUCCCGCCGGGCGUCUGCCGCUUCCUGAACAUGGGCGGCGCGGUCGUCGCGGGCGGCACGAACAAGUACAAGACGGGCAAGGACCUCUCCGUCGAGAUCUGCCACUUCGGCGACCCGCGCAUGCGCUGGUUCGAGAUCGAUCCCAUACCGAACGAAGAAUACCGAGUCGCCCGUUUCGAGCGCUACCCCGAGCGCAUGUCCUGCGGCGGGGCGCUGGUGGUCGCGGGAGGCGAGGCCUUCGCCGCCGUCGCGGGCGGCCUCAGCCUCAGCGAGCACCUCAACGACGACAGGUGGGAAGACGAACCCGGCGACGACGACUCCGACGACUCCCGCGUCGCGGGAUCGUCGCAGUACUCGGCGGAAUCGUACGAGGGCGACGACGACGAGUACGACGAGUUCGGCGGCGCGCCGCGCCUGUCGCGAACCUUCGACGUCGCGUUCCUCUCCCUUCGGACGAUGAAGUGGGUCCCGAACGGCGACCUGAGCCUCCCGGGCUUCUCGCGGGCCGUGUCGGCGUCCGCCGUCUUCGGCGCGCUGGGCGCGCGCGCGCUGGUGCAGCUCGGCGGCGACCGCGAGUACUACGAGCACGAACGACACUAUCCCACGCACUCCACGAGCUUCGGCGUGGCCCGCGUCGACUGCCGAGCGAGCCGAAUGCUCCCGGAGCGACCGGGCCCGCGGCCGCCCUGGGACCCCGAGGGUCGGAGGCACCGCGCGCCCGCGGCCAAGAGGCGCGGGGGCGACCGCCGAGCAGACUCCGACUGCCUCGCCGAGCUGGGCGUGGCGGCCGCCGGCGUCGCGACCGUGGCCGGCCCGCUCCUCGCGGCGCGCGCGGCGCGCGCGGCGGCGGGCGACCGGGCGACCGGCUGGCCGAGCACCGAGGCCCUGCGCGAGGAGCGCCUGCGCGAGGACGAGGAGCGCCUGCGCGAGGACGCGCCGACGCCCAGGAACAGCACCGCGAGGGCCAACGCCGCGAACAUGCCCGCCGACGCGGCGUCGGCGCUCUCGCCGCCGCCGCCGCCGCCGCCGCCGCCGGCCGACGACGCGUCCGCGUCCACGACGGCGCCCGCGGCCGCGACGAAGGAGAAGGACGCGGGGCCCACCGUGGCCGUCACCAAUUGCUCGUCCGCGGGCAGGAACUGGACGCUCGUCUCCGCGUCGUCGGCGCCGCCGCCGAAGGCCAGCUCGUAG